GGAAAGCAUUCUUCCCAGCCCAAAAACUUUCCUGAGCUUUCUGACCAAGGAGGCUGACUUUCUACAAGCAUGAAGCCCACAGUAUGUUUCCUCCUCAUCUUCAUCUCCCUUCUUCAUCUGAUGAUCUCAGUGAACACUCACUCCUCUGAAGACUCUUUGGUGACUGGAAAGAUCCGGGAAGCUCUCAAUGGUAGAGGCUACCAUCGGGAGCCUAAGAAGCUCUCCUGCUUUAGUGUUCAAAAAUCAGGCAGAUGGGCUUCCUGUCCUGGGGGGAUGGCUGUCACUGGUUGUGCUUGUGGCUAUGGUUGUGGAUCUUGGGAUAUUCAGAAUGGAAAUACUUGCCACUGCCAGUGCUCAGUCAUGGACUGGACCACUGCCCGCUGUUGCCGUCUGGCCUGAGAAUCCAAUUUUUAAAUUAUGACCAUAAUGAAACCAUGGUCUCAACCAGGAAACCUGAUUCAAUGUCUUCAUAAUGAAUUCAUAUUACCCAAUAAUUCUUCCUGUGAAAUAAAGACAUAUCUGUA